GGACUUCACGGUCUUCGCCAGUUCGAGAACGCAAAAAGCUUUAAUCUGAUUGCUUUGAAGAGAAGAAAUGGCGAAUUUUCAGAGACUUAUCUCUGCAACUACUCUAACCCUUUCUCUAAUCUCUGUGUUAUCUGCAAUCAAUCUCUCUCUCGCUGUUCCCAAUGACGUCUACGACCUCCUCCCUCAAUACGGCCUUCCAAAGGGUCUCAUUCCGGAUGCCGUGAAAUCCUUCUCGAUGUCCGAUGAGGGAGACUUCGAGGUGGAGCUUGAACGCACCUGCUAUGUUCAGUUCGAUGAACUCGUUUAUUACGAUAAGAAGAUCACUGGAAAGUUGAGCUACGGUGCUGUUUCUGAUGUUUCCGGCAUUCAGGCUAAGAAGUUGUUCGUUUGGGUUCCUGUCACCGGAAUCAAAGCCGUUCCCAACUCCGACCUAAUUGAAUUCUAUGUUGGGUUUUUGUCGGAGCAGUUCCCGGCCAAGCAGUUUGAAACUAUUCCCGCUUGUAAGAGCAGAGCGUAUGAGAAUCAACGAGGGACAGAACUGGAAUCUUUUGUUUCAGAGGUGUAAAUCAGUGAUACAUCCUUUCAUGGUAUAGCAAACUCAGUUCGAAGCUCUUAGGCUGGAUACUGGAUUGUGGAGGAUCGGCAUAUAAAGCCUCUUAAUAUGUUUAAUAAAUGUGAGCUUUGUGUGAUGUAGUUAUGAAUCUAUGUCACCACAGAGAAGUGGUUUAUCUGACAAUAAGUGUGCUUCAAAAUUGAUGUAUGUAUGUGAAUGUAUAUUAAAUCAUGUAUGAAUUGUCAAGUUAUCCAUCCUUUUUUUAGCCUUAGAUCUGACCUUUCACCGAUUCAUAUCUUAUGCACAUAAUGGAUUCUUAAGUGUUUUCAUCUGUUU